GUGUAUCAUGAACCUCGGUUGAGAAUGGCAGCUCCUAGUGUUUCUAAUGUCGGUUACAUUUUUUUUUUUCUUGUUGGACUAUUGGUUGGAAUUCUAUUUCACCAAUAUACCAACGAUUCUGUUUCAACCGGGGCUUCGCUGAUCACCUACUCCUUCUGCUCACCGAUAAUCUAUGGAUUCAUCUACAGGAGACUGUUCAGAACGAGUUUGCUAGAUCACAUCCAAUUCUACUCCAUCUGCGUAAUACUUCUAUUGUGCUUUGUGAUCUCCAACAUCGACAAACGAGCUUCAUUAAUCUGUGGGAUGCUGCUAGGGGUAUUCCUCGCUAUAUUAAGCGUAUUACUCGUGGCUCUGAAUAACAAGUUCAAAUCAAACGAUUUGACGAAUUCGCAAAAUCAGAAAUUUAAUCAGCAGAUUUUUGAAAGAGAACCACAGCUUAUCGAAGUUGUCCGUCUCAAUGUAAAUCUGAGCAGUGGAACUGAAGAUUCUUCUACCAGCGACUCGAAUACAGAACAUAACUCAUCACAUACAUUCCCCGAAUAAACUUAUAUUUUUUUUAUUUCAAAUUUUAUAUUUUCUU